UUCAAAACUGAAGGAACCACCGAGAACAUUGCAAUGAAACCUGAAGAUCACGUUGUCAUAGUUGGUGCUGGGACGUUUGGGCUGUCAACGGCCGUGGAGCUGCUUAGAAAAGGGCAUAGAAACGUGACUCUGGUGGAUGGAUACGCAGUUCCUUCUCCUCUAAGUGCGGGAAAUGACGUGAACAAAGUGUUCCAGUCCACCGUUGAGGAUGAGUUCUACAGCAAGCUGGCACUGGAGUCACUCGAGAGGUGGCGAUCUGAUGAGCUGUACAGGCCAGCAUUCAACGAGGUUGGGAUUGUCUACGGAGGUGUUGGAGAGAAGGCGAUAGAGGAAAUCAACCGUAGAUUCGAGCUUCUGGACAAGUCGGACGUUGCUGUCAAGAAACUGGACACACCAGGCGAUUUCUCUUCAGUUGUGAAGUUUGAUGGCAAAUUCCAAGGGUGGAAGGGGUAUCAUCAGCUAACACAUUGUGGAUGGACGUUUGCCAGCCUUGCUCUUGAAAACGUCUAUGCCAAAUGCUUGGAAUUGGGUGCCAAAGUUGUCACUGACAGGGUGGACAGGCUGCUCUACGAGGACGAAACAGGCCGUUGUGUGGGUGUUAAGACAUUCAGUGGGAAGAUCAUAAAGGCAUCAAAGGUUGUGAUCUGUGCUGGUGCCAAUUCCAUUGGUCUUUUGGACUUCAAGGGACAGCUUCUGGCCAAAUGCUGGACUGUGGGUCAUAUCCAGCUCAGCGAUGAGGAGGCUGCUCCAUUGAAGGGCUCUCCGGUGAUUCUGAACAUUGACGAAGGCUUUGUCUUCGAGCCAGACUGUAACAACGAGCUCAAGUUCUGCAAUGAGUUCCCCGGCUACAUCAACAUGGAGAAUGGCGAGUCGAUUCCUCUCUACAGAGACGAGAUUCCCUCGGAAGCCAAGGCCCAAAUGAGAGCCUUUCUUCACCAAAUCUUCCCUGACGACAUUGCGUGUAGAGACUUCUCCGUGGCCAAGAUCUGCUGGUGCACCGACACACCAGAUCGUCACUUCCUAUUCUGUGAGCACCCCGAUCAUGAAGGCCUGGUUCUCGGUACUGGUGACUCUGGCAAGGGCUUCAAGUACAUGCCAAUUGUUGGUGAUUACAUCUCUGAGAUUGUUCUAAAGGGGAACGGCUCGCUAGAUGAUGAGAAGAGAAAAUGCUGGGGCUGGAGACCAGAGCAAGCUGAGCACAGGGAUAUCUAUGAGCUUCAGCACAGAAUGGGAGGCCUCAACAUUGUGAAGGACUUGAAGGAGAUUCACGACUGGACCUCGUAAUUGAAUUGAACCAGCUGAUUGUAAUGCCGAGUUGUGGAAGCUUUAGUAUAUUAAUUGAUUCUUUUCCCGUG